AUGCAAGAUAAUAGCUAUCUUUUCCAGAAACCGUUUAGCGUCAGUACAGAAAACCUGUCCUUUACCGCUGUUCAUAAUUUGUCACCAAACCAACAAGCUAAUUUAAAAUUGAACUCGACGUCAUCAAUUCGCAGUAAUAGCGAUACUAAUAUCAAGUUUUCUGCAACCAACGGGCACACUCCUAGCAUAUUAUCAGACAAUAUGAAUUCUUCUGCUUACUUGUCGCAGUUAGUUAACAACAACUCAUCCCAACCUGAUGUUACAACCGAUAUUUCAGGAAACAAAAUUGAACAACAUUCAUAUAUAAUAAGGCUGUCUAAUUUACCUAAAGAUCUUUCAGAAAGAGAAGCAUACGCGAUCUUUGCCCUUGCAGUAGAAGUGAAAAGUAUUGAACUAAUUACUACAGAAGAACCUCAUUCAACAACUAAUAAGAAGGAUGACUUUCACAAGGUUUCAGGACCCAUAGUCGAAGCAAAAUUCGAUUCGUUGCCUUUAGCGCUCCAAUACUCAUCAAUAUUAAAUAUGAAACCGGAUUUAUUCAAUCCCGAAUUCCCAUGCCAUUGUAAAGUUGAAGUCAUCGAUUCUUCAACAAAUCAAAAGAUACUAAUAAAUAGAGAAAGUGUAGCAAGCCAACAAUUUCCCCCAUCACCACUUGCAACUAAAAAUCCAAGACUUUCUCUUCCCGCAUCAUCUCGUUUCUCCUUUACUGAUCCAUUUUCUUCAACUGAUUAUAAUCAAUACCCACCUCCAUCUUCUCAAUCACAAACAUAUGGUCAACAUCCAGUAAAAUCAAACGAAUUAAGUCAAUCUUUCCUUUCACUAGAAAAUAAAGACAUCAAUGAAAGUAUAUGGAAUUCCACAGGGAUGCCAUCUAGUAUAAAUGGAUUUGCAAGCUCAUCUAAACCGGCCACGCCUUCAAUGGAAUGGGGGAAUGCGUCCUCUACAAGAAGUCAGAGUGUAGCAUUCUUUUCACCUACGUCAACUCAUAAUAUGGCCAUGCAAAACGGUCCACCUGUACAAUCAAAUUUAGGAAUGCCACCUAUCAUGCCUAUGGCGAAUGUACCUACUCUACAACAACAGCAACAACAACAGCAGCAGCAGCAAGAACAACAACAAAAACAACAAUCAUUAUCCUCGUAUAAUUCAUUAUCUCACUUAAAUGAUUCAAAUACGCAACCAAUGGUGAAUAAUAUUAUGCAUGCCCCUCAUCAUCAGACGUUCAUUCCAACUACCAAUCUACAAAAUGUACCCAAUACCAUCAGCUCGGCAAAUGUUAAUGGAGGCUCUACUUUAAUGAAUGAGAACGAUAAUAUGAAUGUACCGAUUAAUAAUAGCAAUGCUUUAAAGGGUCCGUCAUCAUCAUCGUCAUCAUCAAAAGGUCCUCAAGUAGAUUUAUCAUUACUAGCAAGGAUUCCCCCACCUGCUAAUCCUGCAGAUCAAAAUCCACCAUGUAACACAUUAUAUGUCGGCAAUUUGCCCGUGGAUUGUACGGAGCAAGAAUUACGACAACUAUUCUCCACUCAAGAAGGUUUCAAGAGAUUAUCUUUUAGAGUGAAAAAUAAUAAUUCAAAUAACGUUAUGUUAAGUAAUAGUAAUUCUGCUGCACAUGGACCAAUGUGUUUUGUUGAAUUUGAAGAUAUUGCUUAUGCGACGAAGGCUCUCGCAGAGCUUUAUGGAACUCAACUACCGCGUGCCACACCAAGUAAUAAAGGUGGGAUUAGAUUAAGUUUUUCUAAGAAUCCACUGGGAGUUAGAGGCCCAAAUAAUAGGAGAAAUCAAACUCAAACGCAAAUGCAAACCCAGAAUCAGAAUCCAAACAAUCUAAACUCAUUGCCUGGGAAUACUGCAUCUGGGACAACGUUGAACCAUUUUAUUUAUUCUAAUAAGGCAGCUACUUCAAGUUUUACGAACAUUCAUUCUUAA